GUCGACUUACAUAUCCCUACGCUGCUGAGAAUUAAGACAAAUGUGAAUCGCGUCGAUGUGAAACGAACGAGCGCGUCGGAGAAAUCAAACAAAUUAUAAAGUAACAACAACAACAAACAAAAUAUUCUAAUUUUUAAAAUGCAUUCAAAUGUGUGUGAAAAUAGAUAUUGAUUGAAUGUUAAAUGGGAUAAUAAAAAAUCAAACGAAUUUUAUUAAAUAAAUAUUUAAAAUCGAAAAGAAAAUUGUGAAUGUAAGUUCAAACAAAAUCUAAUGGAAAUAAAGAAAAUUGCAAAUUUUCAGUUUUAUUUUGUGCUUUAAAUUAAAUAACUGUAAAUUGCAACAAAUUAAUGCGCCAAAGGCAAUAAAAAGAAAAAAGCUAAUAAAUUUGUAAGUUUUGGUCGUCUUAAAGAGGAAUUGAAAAGUUUUCUUAUUAGAAGUCUAGAAAUCUGUCUGAUUAUAUAUUGUUAACAAAAUAAGUUGCAAUAAAGGGAAAAUUUUGCUUUGCCAAUUUAAAGAGUUGUGAAUGAGUACUGAUUGUGUGGUUGUGGAGUGGGUCAGACAUUGAAAUCCUGUUUUCACUUAUACUUGAACAAACAACAACAAUACAAGGAGUAGCAGUAGCAGCAAAAAUAAUAACAGCAACAAUAAAUCAAACAAAAAAGGAAGGUGCAUUAUGUUGGUUCGUUUGUUCCCUGUGUCCUAAGUGACCGAACGCGAAAUUAAGUUAUAUACCUACAUAUUUUGCUAAAGUGAGUGGUGUGCACAGUGUAUGAAUUCAAAUAAAAAAAAUCCCCGUGUGUGUAUACAAUAACAAUAAAAACAAAAACAAGAAAACAAUUAAAAACGGAGUAGGAAACAGAGAAAAAAGGAAACUUCACAUUUUCCUCCUCAUCCUCCUUCGUCUCAGCCGCCCUUCAUUUGUAUGGGUUUCCUUUUUUGGCGAAUAUAAAAACAAAACAACCAAAUUGAGAGUCCCUUAAUAACUGUGUGAUGGGAGUUAGUGUUCUCUCAUAGCAGCCGACUCUCUCUUACUCCCCUUGUCAACUCCACUCGAACUUAGAUUGGGGUUGUUUUUGUUGUGCCGCCUUGACGUGCUAGACUAAAAGGAAACAACAUUACAAAUGAAAACAAAAAUAACAAUAACAACGAACAAUAUAUCGUCGUUUAUCAACAAAAACAACAACGCGAAGUUGUUGACAAAUAGUAGACAUCGGUUUAAGUCUCUUUUGUAAGAAAGAAAAAGCGAAGAGUCAAUUGCAAGAUUUGUCAAUAUUUGCAGAACGAGAAACGAAGGAAUAUAAAAUUAAAUAAAUUAUAAGGAGAAAAUUCGUUCAAAAGUGUCAAAAUAGCGCGCCAUUUUUUGUAGAACUACCACUUUUCUCGCAUGCUUUACAUUUUCCCAACUAAAUUCGGUGCGUAUGUCUCACGGAAACAAACCCCCACACACAUACACAUACUCAGGGAAUCGCCAGCCGAUCACCAUAGAAUUGUCAAUUGUUUUUUUUUCGUGUGACUGGAACACAGUUUAACGUUCUAAAUUAAGGGAGGAAACGCUUAAUUAUGCAGUUGUUGUGUUUGCAAUAACUUCCAAAAAUGAAACCAGUUGAUGAAUCUCUUUGACUGGCUGCUCUCCCUGUUAGUAUUCACCCAAUGAUUGUGAUGCUGUAAAAUUUCCAACAUUUUUUUGUCGCUUACAAGAAAUCUUCAACAAUAGCAACAUAUUUGACAGCAAUUGUCAAAAAGUGCAUGUAUAUGAUCCCGUUUCGUCUUUAUUGUCAGAUAUUUUUGCGCAACGACAGUCCGAAAGGCAAUCUAAACGAACCCGACUGCCAUCAACAACCAUCAGUCCAGCCAGGCAUUCAUUCACUCACUCAGAGCUAACAUCCACUUGAAAAUAAAAAAAAACAGAACGCAAAUAAAUUGAAAAAAAAUUAAGAAGAAGAAGAAAAAACAUUUCAAAACGAAUAACCAAACGACUUAGAACUGAAAUUUAUUCAUCAACUUCAAGACUGCCGAAGUGAAAAAUCAAUUAAAUCAAUUAAAAAUGUCUCGUCAAUUGUUAAACUUAUUGCUGGCAUUUUGCAAUAUUCAAACGACUUGAGAAAUUUCAAUCAUUGAUACUUUCGAAUUGCUUUAAAGGAAACCAGAAAAAUAAAUAACGAAAAAAGAAAAACAAACAAAAACGCCAAGAAGGCCCCUUCUGGUGACAAAAAGUGCCAAUUCAUCUUCACUUUUUGUUUUCGCCGCAAAGAAACCAAAAUUUGUUUUUUUAAUUUUUUCUGCAAUCAUAUUUUCAGUUCCGGCAAAAUUCUAUUUCGAAAAAACCCAAAAGUCUGUCUUAAAUGUCAAUUAACUGAAAAAAAAAGUAAAAUAACGAAAACAAAAACAAUACAAAAUUUGAAAAUCACUAUUUUUAACACAACUUUCGCGAAACGCAAAGUCACGAUAAGCCCGGCUUUACAAUGGAUAUGAGCAUGGAACGUGAUAGCUCCGCUCUGGGGAGUCUAUUCCAGCAGAUAAUUAAUGAUAUGAAGAACACAUCACCCUUGUGGGAGGAUUUUGUUGCCAAGGCCAGUAAAUUACACGCUUGUUUAAAAGCGGCCAUCCAAGCAAUCGCAUCGUAUUUGGAUGCCUUCCAAAAAAUCGCAGACGCAGCAACAAAUUCAAGAGGAGCUUCAAAGGAAAUUGGCACAGCUCUGACCCGAGUGUGCUUACGACACAAGGCGGUUGAGACACGCCUGAAAACAUUUACAGCCGCUAUUAUGGACUGUCUGGUACAACCAUUACAAGAAAAACUAGAAGACUGGAAACGUUCUGUAGCUAUGAUAGAUAAGGAACAUGCCAAAGAAUACAAACGCUGUCGCACGGAACUGAAAAAACGUUCCACCGACACCUUACGUCUACAGAAAAAAGCUCGCAAAGGGCAAUCGGAUAAUUUACAAUCAUUGAUGGACUCGCACAUGCAGGAUGUCACUCUGAGGCGUGCCGAAUUGGAAGAGGUGGAAAAGAAGUCACUGCGUUCGGCCAUGAUUGAGGAGCGUAUGCGUUAUUGUAAUUUUGUACAUUUGCUGCAACCGGUCGUCAAGGAGGAAUGUGAGGUCAUGUCGGAAUUGGGUCAUUUGCAGGAAGCUAUGCAAUCAAUUGCUUUGGUUACCAAAGAACCACACGUUUUACCACCUGCCAGCGAGGAAUUAAUACAUGAUGCCAAGGCAUCCAUUACACUAUAUCCCGAAUCGCCCAGCACUAGUGGCGGUGGGGGAGGUUCACUAUCGCAAGGAGGUUGUUCCAAUUCAUUGGGUUCGCGCAAAUCGUCGGUGUGUUCAAUUAGUUCCAUGAACAGCAGUGGUUCGAGUAAUUCACCCGGUCAUCCACACUAUCAGAGGUCAUUGUCGCAGUACAUUUCACCAUCAAUGCGCUUAAAACCUGGUGAAUCCAGUGAUAGUGGCUUUUGUUCAUCGCCAGCCUUGACAACACAGGCCUCUUCUAUUGCCAAUCCUUCACACGCUGUCACCACCUGGCCCACACAUUCACAGGACGCCGUUGACCUAGCACCCAAUGCCACAGAUCGUCCACACACAAUAUCUUCGGCCUAUGAAAAGGGUCAUCAAAGACCACCCUUGACCGUCUAUACUUUUCAAAAUCCCGAAACUAUACACGAGGGGGGUAUUGGUGGUAAUGCAAAUGGUAGUGGUGGCACUAAUUCUGGACAAAAUACACCAUCGACACAAAAAUCACCGGGUGGUGCAUUAAAUCGCCCGCCACUGCCAGUGAAACCAGCCCAUGUGCGUUGCUCCUCGUUGGAACGUCCCUUGGUGGCCAGCAACAAUCGUGGCAAUGGUCCAAAUAUUAUGCAACGUCAGUGUCCAUCACCGAUACCGGCUCAUGUAACCAAAGAGCUAGCAGCCCAUCUUGCUCAGCAACAACAUAUGCAGCAGCAACAACAGCAAUCCCAGCAACAGGCCACAGCAGCCCAGCAAUUGCAGCAGCAGCAAAGCUCCCCGCCCACCUAUGUUAAUAUGUCGGAAUUGGCCAAUAUGGCAGCCAUGAAGCAACAGCAGCAACAGCAAUCAUCUUCCUCAUCAUCACCCCCAACAUCAACCGUACACCAAAAUCAACAACAACAGCAACAUCAGCAGCAGGCUGUGUUACAACAACAACAUUCAAUUGACUCCAUAUCAUCCAUACACUCCAACGACUCAAAUCAAUCGGCGGCCCUGCAACAACAACAACACCAACAACCGAACACACCACAACACCCAACUAGCCAACAAACACCACCACCCAUACACCAACAUCCAACCACAACACAACGUUCCCAAUCCUCUAGCUCGAUGACACCAUCGCUACAUUCACACCCAUCCAUUGACUCCACUUCGUUGGCCACACCAUCCAUUGGACAGACUCCAACCCAUUCGAGUGGCAGCUCAACACCCCAAAAUCAUUAUUCACCACUGCUCAAUAAUUCCCUGUCGUCAACGGCCGCCGGUACACCCAGUGGUUCCAGUAUUGCCAGCGGUAAUAUGUCUCUCAGCGGUGGAGCCACCAGCACUGGGGCCAUAAUUGCCGGCAAUGGUUCGGGUAACAAUAGUUUUGUCUAUAACGUUUGUUCGCCCACACCUCCGCUUAGCGCCAAUUCCUCGCAAGCUAGCGAUAUUUUGAAAAUAACCGAAAAUGAAGGCAAUGGUAUGGCAAUACAACAUCAGCAGUCCCGACCGGAAACGGCUCCAUCGUCCCCACCCACAGCAGCAACAACAACUAAUAACAAUAGUAGCAAUAGUAUUAGUGAAACCAAUACAGCCCAAACACAGUCUCAGCCACCAUUAAAUGCUAACACCAUUAACACCAGCUCUUCUUCUUCAUCCACCAAAACAAAUUCUCAAGAUAAUUCUAAUUCCAAUUCAGCCAAUAUCAAUGAUGCUGACACCUUGUCCUCUUCCACCUCCUCCUCGGGGGCUGUCGUCGAGAAUGAUGAACGUUCUCGGGCAUCGGUGUUGCAAAAAGCUUCCAUGUUUGAAAAACAAGCUGCCGCUGCCAAAAAUACACCAAUUCCUUCAUCAUCAUCGUCGUCUGCGUCUGCUGGUGCUGCAGGUGCACGUCAUUCGCCGAUUGAGGCUGGUAUUUAUGGCACACGCACUGCCAUCACCACAAACAAUCAUCAUCAUCACUCAGCACAACAGACAGCACAGCCAAUUGAUCCUCAGGAUGUGGACAAAUGUUUCGAAGAUUCUUUACAAGAAUUAAAUAAUUUAAUUGGCGAAUUAGAUUCUUUUCAACGUGAAAUAGAUGCCAGCAAAGAGCAGCAAAAACAGCAGCAGCAACAAUCUUCCGCCUCACCUCAGCAGCUGCAGAAAAAUGUCAAGAAUCUUUUCGAUGGCGGCCUGGAUGCCUUCAAUUGCAACGAAACAAUGACAAUAAUAACUGACGAUACCACCACCACCAUAAUCUGUGAGUCGCAACACCAACACAUGCAUCACCACCCCAGCGGCGAUAAGGAUUUCUGUACGGCCAGCAAUCAAACCAACAGCAGUGGUUGUGGAACGGAUAUAUCGGAUACAACCUCAGAGGAUUGUAAUGCCGAUACCCGUUCGUUGACCAGUCAAACGGGUGGUGUGGUGUUGAAAACGAAUUUGAAAAGUUUAUCGGGAGGUGCCUAUAACAGCGAUUCGGAACUGAGCCGUUGUUAUGUCAGUGAGACCAGUUCCAUAAUGGGCGGUGCCGGGGAUGGCUAUGAAAAUCCCACUUUUGCCCAUUUUGCUGUGUCCUCGACAUCGGGAUCUCAGUGUUACGAUGACAAUCGUUCCGAUACCAUAUCACUGCAGCGGCAUGGCAUUUAUGGUGAUAAUCUAAGUGAUAGCGGCAGCAAUGUCGUGGUUAUCUAUGAUCACCAACCACCCAUGACGCCGGACAUAGAUUAUGCCAAACAAAAUUCGGAAAUUGUCAUGUUGCGCACCAAACCCCAACAAUACCCCCUGGGAGGACAAUACGAUCAACAGGAGAUGAGGGAAUUGCAACAGUUGCCAGCCAACCUGACCGAGUUGCCUUUGUCGCCCACAGACUCACCCGAUCAUCAUCCGCAGCAUGUGGCCACGGUACAGCCGGCCAAACAGCGUCUUUCAUCGUUCCGGGCAUCCAGCGAACAGUUGCAGUUACUGAAUAGCCCCUCGACGCCGACAUCAACAAAAGCUUUGUCGUCGUCGUCAUCAUCAUCACCAUCGUCGAAAGCCUCGUCAGUACCAUCACAGUCAUCAUCCAGUUCUGCUCGUUCCUCGCCAUCAUUAAAUGUUGUUCAACCACCACUACCACCACCUCCCACAUCAGCAUCCCAAAAACCUGCCGAUAGUGUAGCAUCAUCAUCAUCAUCUUGUUCUUCUUCUAUGUUGUGUAAUAAUACAUCCCCUGUUGUUCCAUCCACAUUAGCCAAUGUCGCCAAGCCGAGCAUUACGCCCAGACCAGCCUCAUUAUCUUCGGGAUCGACACGCAUUGCCCGGAGAUCUUCGGUAAAUACUGCCAAACCGCCGCCGCCAAUUAGACGCAGCUCAUCAGUAACACCUAGUCCAAAUACACCAACAACGCCAACAAAUGCGAGUACCACAAAUCUAUUACACCAACAAGCGCACUCCUUGAAUACUUCUACCGAAAAUUUACCACCACCCCCGGCAUAUCUUCUGGAUGGACGUCAAACGACAAUGCUAACAAAUAAUCAUCAACAACCACCGCCACCACCGGUUGGUAUGCCCAACUCUUCGUUAAAGGUUUCGGAUACGGUAAAAGCUUUAUCGGCUGGCCUGAGACAUCAGCCAGCCUCACCACAGACACUAAGGCGUCUGCAACAGCAGCAACAGGCACAACAAAUGGCCACAUCUCCACCACCACCAGUUUUGCCAAGUGCAACACAAUCCAUGUUACAGACUCCCCUCAAUCACUAUCAUCAUGAUCUAUAUUCACCCAUUCUAACAACACCCUCUUCUCCCAUCAUUUUGCCCAUGCAUGAUGAGCCCGAAUACGAUGCUUAUUAUAACACUUAUGUUGAAGUGCCAUCAUUUGAUGCUAUACCAUCUAAUGCUAUAACCGCAAAUAUUACCUCAACCUUGUCCAGUAAUACAAUUCCGAAAAUUUACCCACAGCAACCGAGACAAUAUCACCAUCAAUAUACCAAAUCGUCGCCGGUGCUUUUGUCGCCCACAUCCAACAAAAAAUCUCGUACGCCCACACCCCCAACACCGCCACCCUUAAAUCGUUCUUUAAUCGUUACCGAUUUGGAUGAAACACCACCACCUUUGCCACCACCCAAUCCACCAAAUCAACAACAGCAACACUAUUCCACAAAUCACCACAACCACCAACAACAAUCCCCACAGCUACGCUAUCACCAGCAACAGCAGCCGCAACCCCAUCAGUUGCCAUCGAAUCAACAACAAAUGCCGCAACAUAGCUAUUAUGAUAACAAUGGUGAAACCGUUUACGGUUCAAAAUCACCAACUUCAUUUCGCACUUCAUCACCCGGUGGCAUCUAUGCACAACCGAAAAUCCUCAACAAUAUGUCGAGUUUUCGCACCAACAGCCCCGGACCGAACAAUGGUCAUCAGACGCCAACAUCGACAACACAGUCGCAUGUGCCAGCUCAACCAAAAACCAAUCCAAAUCUUAUAGCUCAAUUAAAUGCACGCCUAAAUAGUAAACACCAGAACACCUCAAGCGGCAGCAACAGCAAUGAAGCCGCCACAAUCUAUGGAGUUUCCCAGGCACAUACUCGUGAGUCGAGAUCUGAAGAUAUUUACAUGCGCAAUUAUGGACAGCAGCAGCAACCGCAAAUGUCGCCUCAUGUCUCACAACAGCAGCAAACCUACGACGAUUAUACCAGCACAAAUACUGGUAUGACACGAGCCAAAGCAAAAGCUGAAUUCUUAGAAAAUCUCAAUCAAAAAUUGGCUAAACAAAGUCUAUCAGGUCGAGCCUUUGCUGUACGUAAUUUAAUUAAUAGCAAAGCAUUGCCGGAUCCCCGUAUCUGUCAUGAAUCCUUGAUGGAUCAAAUCAAACGUGGGGCCACAUUAAAACGCAACCAAAAAAUCAAUGAUCGCAGCGCUCCGAAAAUCUAUUAAAAAUAAAAAGUUCAACAAAACUGGUACCGUACCGUCUUAAAGAAGCCACAUCACUCCCAUGUUCCCAUGGUCUUGGAAUUAACAAAUUAAAAAUUAAAUAACCAUAUCCCAAAAAUAAAACGUAAUAUAACUAUUAUUAUUAUUAUUUAUACAAAAGGAAAACAAACUACUAUAUAUAUAUUUAUGUGUGUAUGUGUUUCUGUAAAGGAAGUCAUUAGUCUCUCCUCUAAUUCUAAACAAUAUACCGCCAUGCGGUUCAAUUUUUUUAUAUAUAUACAUUUAUUAUACAAUUACCUAUAUUCUUAGCUAUAGAAUUAACAUUUUACAACAGCAAACAAACAAUACGAGCAAAACAAUAAUAAGAUUAAUGCAAAACAAACACUAACCCCACAUACAUAUUAUCCUCUCUAUAUAAAAGAAACAAAAACAACAACAAACAUAUGAAAUAAAUUAAAUUUGCAAAAAAGGAGUUUGAGAAAAAAAAACAGUUUGAAACUAUUUUACAAAACAAACUCAAAAAAUAAGUAAAAAGUGGAAAAUUUAAAACAUUUUUUAAUUAUAAUCAACAUUAUAAAUACUACUAUUAUACACAAUUAUUAGAAUUAAAAUACGAAAACAUUUUCUGAAAUGUAUACUCUGUAUUAAUUUAACAGAAAUUAUCAUUUAUUAUUUAAUUUUGUUUAUUAACAUAACCUCAAAGUUAUCUGUCUGUCUACAUAUACACACACAGAGAGUAUCAUAAAAAAAAGUUUAACAACAAUUCGAAAUAAUUACUAAUGAUACUGUGCAAACAAAGCAGACGUGGAGAUUGGAAAAUGUAUUUAAGUUUAAGCAAACUAGUUUUACUUUUUUAUUUAAGUUUUUUAAAAACUAAAAAAUCAUCAUAAUUACCAAAUUGUUUUUUUUGUUCUUUAUACUAAAAACAUUACUCGAAUUUAAAUAUUGUUUUCUUUUUUCCUUUGAACUAUAUUUAUUUUUUGUUUACUUUUUUCUUAACUUUUAAGUUUUUUUUUACUUUUUUUGUUUGUUAUUAAUAUUAUUAUUACUAUGAUUAUUAAUUUAAUGUUUAUCAGUUUUUUGCUUUGCUUUCUUUAUAGAGAAGUCGUUUAAAAAUAAUCAUUGUAUAUAAAUUUAAUAAUUUAUUGAAUUACCUAACUAAUUUAAUGUUUAUAAUUUUCUGUUUUCAACAAAUUAACCAACCAACCAACCAGCCAGCCCCCAUUACUAUGCUUAAAAACGAAAACAACCAUUUAUCUAUAUAUAAUCCAUACAUAUAUAUAAUAUCAUACGAAACAACAUAUGCUUUUUUCAAAUGAAUUAAUCAAUAAAAAUAAACAUCAAUUAAAUAUGAAUUAAAAA